AAGCCCUUAACUCGGGGUUGGGGGAGAAUAUUCAGCUUGUCACCAGAAGUAGUCCUCUGCUCCCUUUCCAUUUGUCUUUUUCUGAAACUUUUAUAGGAGUGUGCUCCUGGGAAAGACGCGGUUUAAGAUUUCAGAAUAUCAACGAAAGAGUACAAAGCAGAGGAUAGAAGCCAGCUACCUCGGGCUGCUUUAAAGAAAGAUGGCGAUUACAAACAGAGGGAGGAGAAGGGUGAACAAAAGAGGACGAUUAAUAUCAGUGUCCGGGAUGUCAGCUGCCCCAAGGUUGGAAGGCAGUGGGACUUCCCUCCUGAAAACCCUAAACAUAUGCUGUGGAUUUCUAUACCCAUGUUGGUGUAAAAUACUAAAGAACAAAGCUUUCCACUGGACUGCCAAUGAGCUACUUGCUACUUGCGAAGUAGUAAAUAUGACCUGCAGGACUGGGAGAAGACUGUUGCUAUCCUCCAAGGAGAAAAGGGAAAUAGAAAAUCACUCAGCUUGCCAUUCAGCCCUGGUCUUUAACAAGCAGAAGAAUCAAAAGAUGCUGGAGGGAAGAAAUGUCGUCCCAACUUUCAAUGAUAUCCACCAAAUCCAGCUGGAUGAACAGCUGUCUCUGAUCACGUGCUUCUAUGUUGAAGAUCAACAGGCCAUCAAGAAGGAAAUGGAGUUGCUAACAUUGAGAAACUCAUGUGACAUGGAGCAUCUAUCCAGCUAUGUUGGGAAAGAACUGGACAAACAGAGCAAAGCCCUGGAUAACGUUUUCCAAGUGAUGCAUCACACCCAGCCUUAUCCACAAGAGGUCAUCAGGAAAAUAUUCAAGAUGUGCCACCUAACCAGGGGCCAAUGCCAGCUCUGUGCCAUCUUUGCAUUGCUUACCAUCGUCUUGGGACUCAUCUUCUUCUUGUCCUUCUAAUUGCCCUUCCCCACAAUUCCCUCCGAUUUCCCAUCCCACCUCUUGCCAGGCAAGGCCUUCGGGGGAGGGCUGUUUCUAGGGGAAUGGACAUCAAUUUACGCCGUCUCGCCUGUUCCCCAAUUACACUUUAUAAAGGUGAAUGGAAAGAAGAGAGCAAUAAACUACCUGCCCGUCAAUAAUACAGUUCACCUAACCAAACCUGA